AAUAACUUAGUAUGAAGUUUGAACUUAAUUACGAUGGUUGUGAUAGAAAUCGAAAGUGGCAAAUUAAGAGGAAAACUAGGCCUCGAUAAGUUAAAUAAUAAUUUCUACAUUUUCCAUAAUGUACCCUACGCCCAACCGCCUGUGGGAUCACUACGUUUUAAAGCACCACGACCGGUGCAACCAUGGAAAGGGAUCAAGGAUGCUACCAGAGAAGGAUCUGAGUGUGUUUCUCGCCACUUAAUUACUCGAAAAAUUGUUGGAUCGGAAGAUUGUCUAAAUUUGAAUGUUUAUACGCCAGAGUUACCCCAAAAAAACAGACCCAAGCCCUUGAAACCUGUAAUGUUCUGGAUACAUGGAGGCAUUUUCAUGACGGGGUCAAACAAAACAGACCUUUUUGGGCCAGAAUUUCUAAUGGCUGAAGACGUGGUUCUUGUCACUAUAAAUUAUCGUUUGGGGAUUUUAGGGUUUCUAAGUCUCGAAGAUACGUCGCUUGGUGUUCCAGGGAAUGCAGGUUUUAAAGAUAUGGUUAUGGCGUUGAAAUGGGUCCAAAAAAACAUCACCAAAUUUGGUGGCGACCCAAAUAAUGUCACCGUAUUUGGAGAGAGUGCCGGAGCAGUUGCUGCACAUCUCUUGAUAUUAUCUCCUAUGACAAAAGGUUUACUGCAUAAAAUCAUAGCUCAAAGCGCAUGCGCUUUAAAUACCUGGGUCGGGGGACGAAGAUCGGCAAAAAUCGUUGCAGAACAAUUAGGAUUUUCGAAUUCAGAUGAAAGAAAACUUAUUUCCUUCUUACAAGGGGUGUCAGCGGUUGACAUUUUAAAGGCUCAGAUCAAAAUAGACACUGCGGAUUUCAUAGAAACAGACUUUCGGUUUUUUGGAGCUGUCGUAGAAAAGCCGUCCAGUGAGGAGCCGUUCUUGGACAGACGACCCAUCGACAUAAUAUCGUCAGGAGAUUACAAUCACUUACCAAUGAUGAUAGGUUAUAAUGAUAGAGAAGGCAUGGCUAUUGAUCAAAUCGUUCCUUCAAGAGCGAGAGCACCAUUUUUUGAAAAUAUGGAAUUCUCUGUACCUCUGGCUUUGAAAGUUCAAAGAGGUAGCACUCUUUCCAAACAAAUUGCGAAUGAAAUACGACUUUUUUAUUUUGGAGAUGUGAAACAGACCAGAGAGGAGCAUCAAACACAGUAUUUUGACUUAUCCACAGACACUUGCUUUUUAAGAGAUAUUUAUUUUUCUGUUAAACACCACAUAAAAACAUUUACUAAACCCAUUUAUUUUUAUAAAUUUACCUUAGAAACAGAAUUAAAUAUUUUUAAAAAACUUCAAAAUAAAAAUAUAGCCGGUGUAUACCACGGAGACGAAUUAGGUUAUAUUUUUAAAACAAUGUUCACACCUGAUAUUACUCCAGAAAGUCCAGAGGAUCUAGCCCAGAAAAAAGUAAUCAAAUUAUGGACAAAUUUUGCUGCUUGUGGUAAUCCUACGCCAGACUCAACUGAUUAUAUUUUGGGUGUGAAAUGGAAACCUGUUGACACUCACAAUGUAAAUUACCUCGAAAUCGGAAAUCCAUUAUCAAUGAAAAGUAAUCCAGAACCUGAAAGAAUGGCAUUUUGGGAGAAGAUAUUUGAAAUCAACCCACUAGUUUCGAAAUUGUAAUUUGUAUUAAUUUGUCAAUGGGUUUAGUUAUUGAUUGUAUAUUUUGAGAAUAGUGCGGGUUUCAUAAUUAGUAUUUGAAUGUUCCUAAUUUAAUUUAUUUGAAUAAAUUAUUAUAGUUUGAA